ACCUUCCUCCUCGACCUCUUCGAAAUGCCCCUCUUUCCUCUGCAUAUCCCAUCACUUGUCAAACCCGGAUAUUCUAUUCAUUCUAUUCUUUCUAGAGUUUCUUCUGCCAGGCGACCUUUGGUUUCUCUUUACUCUCGUCGCUUAUAUUACGGAUACAUCAGCGACACCAAAAUGGCACCUCACUUGGAACCUUUCUUCAAGCAGGUCGACACUUCGGCGGAGUCUUUCAUUGAUCGUCUCCGGAAGGCUGUUGCAAUCCCCUCGGUCUCUGCCCAGGAUGAGAAUCGACCCGAUGUGGUUCGCAUGGCUAAUUUCUUAGCGACUGAGCUCGAGGCUCUUGGGGCCGAGGUAGAACAAAGACCUCUGGGCAAGCAGCCAGGCAAAGAACAUCUUGAACUGCCCCCUGUCGUCAUUGCGCGGUAUGGUAACGACAAGAACAAGCGCACCAUCCUGGUCUACGGUCACUACGAUGUGCAGCCCGCUCUCAAGGAAGAUGGUUGGGCUACUAAGCCCUUUGAGUUGACCAUCGACGAGAAGGGUCGCAUGUUUGGCCGUGGUUCCACGGAUGACAAGGGUCCUGUCCUUGGCUGGCUGAAUGUUAUCGAGGCUCACCGAAAGGCGGGCGUCGAGCUGCCCGUCAACCUUCUCUGUUGCUUUGAGGGAAUGGAGGAGUAUGGCUCAGAGGGUCUUGAUGAUUUCAUUCAUGAAGAGGCAAAGAAGUUUUUCAAAGAUACUGAUGCAGUUUGCAUCUCCGAUAACUACUGGCUCGGUACCGAAAAGCCAUGCUUGACUUAUGGGCUGCGCGGCUGCAACUACUACUCCAUUUCUAUCUCAGGCCCCGCUCAAGAUCUUCACAGCGGUGUCUUUGGUGGCUCUGCACACGAGCCCAUGACCGAUCUGGUCACUGUCCUGUCGAAAUUAGUCGACUCCCAAGGCAACAUCUUGAUCCCUGGUCUUAUGGAUCUUGUGGCACCACUCACUGAGGAGGAAAAGUCUCUGUAUGGUAGCAUCAGCUAUACCAUGGAAAAUCUCCACGAGUCUCUUGGCAGCGAGACCGGUAUUCACCCGAACAAGGAGCGAACUCUGAUGGCCCGCUGGAGAUACCCAUCUCUGUCGAUCCACGGCGUUGAGGGUGCAUUUUCUGCCCCGGGAGCCAAGACAGUCAUUCCUGCAAAGGUGAUAGGCAAAUUUUCUAUCAGAACUGUGCCGAACAUGGAAAGCGAGGAUGUGAACAAACUGGUGUUUGACCAUGUCAAGUCUGAGUUUUCUAAGCUCAACAGCAAGAACACAUUGGAUGUCUCGCUGCAGCAUGAUGGCAAAUGGUGGGUUGCCAGUCCGAAGCACUGGAACUUCACCGCCGCUAGUAAGGCUGUGGAACAGGUAUUUGGAGUUGCCCCAGACAUGACCCGUGAAGGUGGAAGCAUUCCUGUUACUUUGACCUUUGAGCAAGCCACCGGAAAGAAUGUGUUGUUGCUUCCCAUGGGAAGCUCUACUGAUGCUGCACACUCCGUCAACGAAAAGCUAGAUCGGAGGAACUACAUCGAGGGCACUAAGUUGCUCGGCGCAUAUCUGCAUUAUGUUGCAGAGGAGAAGACCUCCGCAUAA